AUGGACGAGGUUAUCCGUUUCCGUCAGGAACUGCAGCGAGCCCAAGCGUCUACGCCCAGACUUGUCGGCGGAAACGGCGCGCCUAAUUCUAACGGACUCACUCCCUCCGGUGGCGCCAUUGGCGGCCGCGGAUACGCGGAACCUCCGCGGACGCCGCCGGGACUCGCAGUUGGCUUGCGAGGCGGCGGCGCGAAUGCGCUACUGAGCGGUGCCACGCGGACGGUCAAGAUUUCCCGAUCGCAGUCGCUGCAACCCAAGGCGGGCGCGAUGGGGGCGUUUUUGCGCGCGCUGAAAGAGACGGAGGGUGCGGAAGGCGAGGGGAAGGGGGGAAGCGGAGAAGGGGGAGGCGGCGGAAAGGGCUUUGGCGCAGGCGGAGAGAAGUCCCUCGGGUUGCGCCGAGCUGCGGAUCCGCUUGACGGGGGCCACGGCGGAGGCGGAAGCGGCGGCUUGCGCGGAAGCGGGGAAGGGGGGAGGGAUAUUGGGCGGAGCGGAAGCAGGAACGAGCUCUCCGGAGGCCGGCGGGAGGGGGGAGAUCCGGAGGAGCGCAGACGGCAGGACGGCGAGAUGGGGAAGAACGGUGGAAUCGUGAACCGCCGGCUGAACUUGGGGGGCGCGGGGGUGAUGGCGGGCGGAAGCCUUGGGCGCAAAAUGGGGAGCGCAAUGCGCCGAUCAACAUCCGUUCAGGUGCAGAAUUUUUCCGCUUCGGGCAGUCGCGCGGGCAGCGGACGAAAAGACGCGUUCCACGAGGCGGUUGAGGAGAUGCUGGGGGAGAAGCGGGCAGGAGAAAAAGAUUCCGACGGGAGGCGUGGGGGGGGUAAGGAUCGGGAUUCGGACCGGGACAGGCAUAGGGAUAGCGGCGAUGAGCGGAAUCUCCGGUCGGAUGAUGAUCGCGACCGUUCUUCUAAUGAGCGUCGCAAUAGCGGGGAAUUUCGGCUGGAAAAGGAGUAUUCUUCGGAGCGGGAAGAGAAGGGUGGGAGGAGGAGUGGUGAGUAUGACAGAAGUUCUAAUAGCGGGGGCAGGAAUUUAUCUCAUUUAUCUAACUUAGCGGGUGGCGGAGGCAGCAACCCUAGCAGCGGAGAGUUUGAGAUCGGGGGAAGCAGGGGCAAGGGGGACUCGGGGAGCGCGGGCGGAGCGUGCGGGGGACUUUCCAGGCUGGGAGCCGGGGGAGGGGGAGCGGGCGGAGACCCCUUUCGCGGACUGGGCGGAAACAGGGUGCCGAUCGGGGGAAGCGUGGGGCGGCGGAGCGGAAUGGGGCUUCUGCGGAGCGGAUCCCUGCAGCCCCGCAACUCGCGCAAGAUCGCGCGCGACUCGUUCUUUGGCGCGCUAGAAGAGGUGGACGAGGAGAAGGGCGCGUCCGGGAAAGGCGCGGGGAAGGGCGCGGGUGGGGAAGGCGCGGGGGAGGGCGGGGGGGAGGCGAGCGGGCGCAGAGUUCCGCACUCGCUUUCCGCCGGUGGGCAACCACCAAUGAGUUCUCUCAAGAGUUCCCUCGGGCAGGAUGGCAAACAGAGCUUCGACGUAUCUCAAUCCCACAGACGCGGCCAUUCCGUUUCGCUCCACGACUCCUCCAGCGGCGGUGGAGGUGGGGGCGGCGGAGUGCUUGAAAAGGGCGGCGGUGCGUUGGCGGGGCUCCCAGUUGUGCCUCUAACAGGGGGAGCGGCUGUAGCUGGCGUUCCUGGAGUAGGGGGAGUGGUUCUCUCGGGAAAAUCAAGGCCGCUUUCGAGCCUUCGUAGAGCUUCGUCUCUCGUGCCUGUGGGGGCGAAGGAUAGGCCGGGGAGUGCGGGGGGGUUGAGAGGCGGGGGAGGCGGAGGGUUAGGGGGAGGCUUGGGGGGAGGCGGAGGGGGAAGAGGUGGGGAUUCGGAGGAUUCGUUUUCGUUCCAUGAUUUUGUAAAAGAAUUGAAAGCUAGUGGCGGUGGUGGUGGUGCUGCUGCUGGUGCCGGCAGUGCUGCUGGUGGUGACUUGGGUGGUAGUGGUGGCAAAAACGAGCGUGACAAUAACGAGCCCUUUUCUUUUUCAGUCAGCCAUGCCGAAAACAAAACCAGCGCCAGCACCAACCUGGACGUACCCAGAAGCAGCAGCGCCAACACCGGCAGCAAAGCCGACUCGGAUAGCCCAGCCCGCAGGCAAUUCCCCUCGUCUCUCUCCCUCUCCAAGAGCCCUAGAGGCGCCAGAGGCGUCACUUUCGCCUCUGGGAAAGAUUUAGUGGAGGAUUUGAGCCUUCGUCCUAAGACCCCUCCUACUCGGUUCGGAGGGUUGAGGCCGAGUAGUGGGGGGUUUGGAGCGAGAGGAGGAGGAGGAGGAGGGGGAUUGAGAAGGGCUACGUCAGUCCAGCCCGGGCUGACGUCAGCGGAUAUAAGGAAGUGGGGGGCGUUGGAUGGGAGUGAGGGGGAGGGGGAGGGUGGGAGGGGGAGUGUGAGGGGAGGAGGACGGGGGGAUGGGAGAGGGGAGAGUGGGAGAGGAGGAGAGAGUGGGAAAGGAGGAGAGAGUGGGAGAGAGAGGGAGAGGGAUAGAGGGAGGGAGGACGGGGGAGGGGGGCGUGGGGGCCAAGGGUUUGGGGAAAGCGGAAGCAAGGGAGGCGGGUUGGAUAGCGGAAGAAGGGGUGGGGAGGGAGAAAGGCGGGGAGGAGAAGGAGGGCGGUUAGGCGGAACAGGGGGAGAAGGAGGGCGGUUAGGCGGAACAGGGGGAGGAGGAAGGGGGGGACUGAGCGGAGGAGGGGGAGGGGGAGGGGGAGGGGGCUUGCACAGAACGUCUUCCAUGCCAGCCAAUAAGAAGAUAGAAUAUGACCGCGCGCAGAGGGAGAGAGAGGGGUAUGGGACACGAGAGGGGCACAGGGACGCGCAUGGCUUGAGGGAAGGAAGCAAGGAGAGGCAUAGGGAGGAGCAUAGGGGGGAGGGGCAUAGGGGGGAGGGGCAUAGGGGGGAGGGGCAUAGGGAAGGGCACAGGGAAGGGCAUAGGGAAGGGCAUAAGGAGGGGCAUAAGGAGGGGCAUAGACCCACUCGUCCUCAUAGCAGUGCGGGCACGCACAGCCGAAGCAGCAGUCACAUUGGCACCACGUAUCACGAUGUUGGGGGGAUUGCGGCUAUUACGGAUGUUCUUCGUUCGGGCAGCCCGGCUGCCCGGGAAAACGCGGCAGCUGCCCUUUUCGCGCUUUCGGUGGAUGAGGCGAAUCAGACGCUGGUUCGGGAAGCGGGAGCUAUCCUGCCAUUGGUCGGCGUGUUGCGUAUGGGCAGCACGCGCGGAAAAAAAGACGCGGCGUUGGUUCUUUUCAACCUAUCCAGAGACCCGCAGAGCCGGCUGGAAAUCGUCCGGGCAGACGCGGUAAAAGUUUUGCUCGGGCUGCUGGGGUGCUCGGAAGUUGGGUUGGAAGAAAAAGCCAUGGCUGUGCUGGCCAACUUAUGCAGGCUUCAGGAGGGGUGUGAAGCGGUGCUGAGGAUCAACGGUGCGGUUCCGGCGUUGGUUGCAGUGGUGGAGGGCGGUUCGCAGAGGGCGAAGGAGGAUGCGGUGAUGACUCUGCUGAUGCUGGCAAAUAGCGAGCCGGAUAGCUGCAGAGGCAUGCAAGGGGAGGGGAUGAUGGAGGUAUUACACGAGUUGACCCGAAAUGGGUCUUCCAGGUGUAAGAGCAAGGCUAAAGCUCUGGUAGAGCUGCUGCAGAUGCAGGGGGAGGAGGAUUCUGAGUAG